GUGAACGAAAACCACUUGGCAACACUGAUAGUACAACACCAUUAAAAAAAUUUGCUUCUACUUACUUGAAUUGUAUUAUUUAUUUUGUAGUUUAUUUGCAGCGUUGUCAAAAAGGAAGUGUUCAAUUGUAGAUUUGAUAAUUCUUUUUAAUGCUAUCCCUUUAAUUUAUGUUCAAGAGAUAGACAAUGCUGAUGCAAGAUGAUGUCUGAUCAGUUUAGAAAGGUAGAACCGUAUUCUCCGAAAUCAUCGCCAAGAGGGGCGAGGUCACCCGUCGUCUCUCGUCAGGACUCGUCUGGUACUCUGAAGACGACAAUCUCACUUGGCAAAAACCCUUCUAUAGUGCACAGUGGACCAUUCUAUUUGAUGAAAGAGCCUCCAGGAGAAUGUGAGCUCACAGGGGCCACUAAUUUGAUGGCUUUUUAUGGGCUAGAGCACUCAUAUAGUAAAUUCAAUGGGAAAAAACUGAAGGAGUCAUUAUCAUCGUUCCUCCCAAAUCUUCCUGGUAUAGUUGAUGGACCUGGACAAGAAGACAAUAGCACCUUGGGUUCAGUUAUUGCUAAAAGACCCAUUGGUGGCAAGGAUUUGCUGCCACUUACUAGUGCACAGCUAGCUGGUUUCAGAUUACACCCUGGUCCUUUACCAGAACAAUAUCGGUAUGUGAGUGCCACACCGCCAAAAAGACAUAAAAGUAAGCAUAAGAAACAUAAGCACAAAGACGGAGUGCCACCAGGACAAGACACACCAUUACAAGAUUCUUCAAAUCCUGAUCCUUAUGAGAAGAAACACAAAAAGCAGAAGAGACAUGACGAUGACAAGGAACGGAAGAAAAGAAAAAAGGAAAAGAAGAGAAAAAAACAGAAACACAGCCCGGAACAUGGAGGCCUCACACCAAACCAGCAUCCUGUAGCUUAAUUGACAAAAUAGUCUUUAGGUUAUGGCUAAUAUUGGGUCCAAAGAGAAUUUCAUUAGCUCACUUAAAAUAUAAAUAAUGUAGUUGACAAUUAUAAAACACCUUUGAACAAAUGUAAUUUCUGACAACAAAAAAAAAGCUUAAAAACUGAUGUCCCUGACACCAAAAGGAUUUUAAUGAGAUUGAACGUUUAUUAUCACUGACUUUACAUUUAAUAGAAUUUUAAAAAUAUUAUUUAUGAACUGUCUAUAUCUUAUUUUAUGUGUAUUUAUUUAAAACUCAAUUAUACACUAAUCAUUUGUCAGUGUUAUUUGCAAAUAGUUUCAAAAUAAAAUUCACUAUAAUGGCGUCAGCGGCUUUGAGUUUUAAUUAGAAUAUAAUUGUGUCGUGAGCAUGAUGAUUAUAUGUUCUCUUUGGACUUGACAUCUCAAACUAUGUUAAGGAAUUAGCUAAUGAUAUUAAGUUUAUUAUAAGCUUGUUUUUGAAA